GCUGCCUGCACUUAAGCUCCCACAAAUAAAUACUUUAUCGGGGCCUUUCAGCAGAAACCUUUCAGUAUGGUCUGUCUGCUCUUUAACACAAGCUGAUGUGAGAGAGCGAGGCAGUGGGAUGGGGCUAUGCAGUCCACACCUGCCGCAGGAAAGCCCAUAUUUGACGUGCUGCUCGUCUGUCAGGCAGGCAGUGUGGGAUCCUGAAGAUUUUGGGCUGGUUCUCUCUUCUCAGCUGCAGCCUUACUGCACCACAUCUGCUGUGCAUCUUCGGCUGCCCCUCCCACUUGGCUCUACAGAGGAGCCCUGGUCAGCGCUGCCUUAGCUAGCUGCUGCCGCGGCUGCUGUGUCUACAUCACAGGCACGGAGCGACAGCGGGCCAUGGAGCUGCAGCACUCGCACGGGGGGGCUCGUCUCUGAGGUCCGCGCCUCUGCGCCCCCACCCCGAGGUGCCCGCGCCGCACCAGAGCCUGUCAUGACAACAUGGAAGGCCGGCUGCCGGCGGAGGGGUUCGAGCAGCUGCGGCUGAAGAGCCGCCCCGAGCUCGCCACGUCCGCCCUCGCCCGGGUGGGCAGCGGCGUGUACAGCACCGUCCAGCAGCAGGACUACUCGGCGAGCGUGUGGCUGAGCAGGAAGGAGCGGCUCGAGCACUCUCAGCAGAAAUGCAUUGUGGUCUUCGCCCUGGUGUGCUGUUUCGCUGUCCUGGUGGCCUUGAUUUUUUCUGCCGUUGACAUCUGGGAUCAGGAUGAAGAUGGAAUUACUGAAGACAACUGUAACAAAAACUGUCGAGUUGUGCUGGUGGAGACCAUUCCAGAAGACCUGCCCUAUUCCAGCAAUGACACGGCCCACGUCCCCCUCUCCUCGGGCCUCCACAGCCUCCUGGAUCUGGCCAAGAAGACAGUGGAAGUUGUGUCUCCGCACUGGAACUUAAACUUUACAAAUGAAAACUACAGCUCCCCCUUGGCCAGACAGGGCCAGGACCUGUUUGAAAGACUGCUUAAGCUGGGCUCUCAGCAGGUCAGUCUGAAAGUAGCUAGCGGUCUGGGACACUCAAAGGACCUGAACAGCCUUUAUGAUAGUGGAGCAGUGCGACUGCAUAUCAGCACUCAGGUCGUGUCGGUGAUGAGCCAGCUCCAGGCCGUGUCGGUGAUAAACCAGCUCCAGGCCGUGUCGGUAAUGAGGCUGCAGCUCCAGGCUAUGUCGGUGAUGAGGCAGUUCCAGGUACUGGUGGUAAUGAGGCAGCUCCAGGUACUGGUGGUAAUGAGGCAGCUCCAGGUACUGGUGGUAAUGAGGCAGGUCCAGGUACUGGUGGUAAUGAUGCAGCUCCAGGCCAUGAUGAGGCAGCUCCAGGCUGUGGUGGUGAUGAGGCAGCUCCAGGCUGUGGUGGUGAUGAGGCCGCAGCUCCAGGCCAUGUCGGUGAUGAGGCAGCUCCAGGCCGUAUCAUUGAUGAGCCAGCUUCAGGCCAAGUCGGUGAUGAGGCAGCUCCAGGCCAUGUCGGUGAUGAGGCAGCUCCAGGCUGUGGUGGUGAUGAGGCAGCUCCAGGCCAUGUCGGAGAUGAGGCAGCUCCAGGCCGUGUUGGUGAUGAGGCAGCUCCAGGCUGUAGUGGUGAUGAACCAGCUCCAGGCUGUAGUGGUGAUGAGGCAGCUCCAGGAAGUGGUGGUGAUGAGGCCGCAGCUCCAGGCUAUAUCAGUGAUGAUGCAGCUCCAGGAAGUGGUGGUGAUGAGGCAGCUCCAGGCCAUGUCGGUGAUGGGGCAGCUCCAGGCUGUGGUGGUGAUGAGGCAGCUGCGGCUUUCGCAGACGAAGGAGCUCGGGGUGAUUAUCUACAACUGCAGCUGCCUGGCACUGGACCUGCACAGGAUAUUCACCCUCUACUGGCAGCUGAAUUACAAAGACUUCGUGCCCUCAAUGUGGUCCAAGAGGGUUUUUGCCCUUUACAACAAGGACCGCAUGCUCAAGGUGCACCUGAAUGACACCAAGGCGGAGGUCUUCAUUUCAAGCUCUCCGGACACCUUUUGUCCUAAAGACCGAACCAAAGACAUUGAUGCCAUUUACAAAGUGAUUUCGGAUGCCAGGAGGUUUAUCUACAUAUCCAUUACCGAGUACCUGCCUCUUGUGAACAGGAGCCCACACAGAUACUGGUCUCGUAUUGAUGGGAUGCUCAGAGAAGCUCUAAUCCUGAGGGACAUCAAAGUCCGUCUCUUAAUCAGCUGCUGGACUCAGACCAACCCUUUGACAUUUAACUUUGUGUGGUCACUCAAGACCCUCUGCACAGAACGGCCCAACUGCACUUUGGAAGUGAAGUUCUUCAGCCCCAAAGAACAGAGGAAUGGCACUGCGUACACAAUUAACCGCAACAAGUUCAUGGUGACUGACAACGCCCUGUAUAUCGGGAACUUUGACUGGGUGGGGAACGAGUUUGCCUACAAUGCUGGAGCCGGGCUAGUGAUCCGACAGGAAAACAGGACCAACCACACCAUCCUGGACCAGCUCAAAACCGUGUUUGAGAGGGACUGGUAUUCUCGGCACAGCAAGAGCCUACAAGCCAACAAGAUUCCCGAGUGCAUUAAACACAGGAUGAACCAGCCGGCCUCGCCGAAGGGCUCGCAGUACAGUGUGUAGGCGGACUCCACUCCGCCGCUUCCUGAGCUCGGACCGGAUUUCUCACAGCUGGGAACCAAACCGGCACCCGAGCCGUCAGACUCUCAGCGAGACCUGCUUAGUAAGAAGCAACUUUGAUUAAUUUUCUAAUUCAAAGCGGUGCCUGAAUUCUUUUUUUUUUAAAACAGAAACAGUGCGAGUGCAACAUCAGCACAACAAGAUGAAAAGCAAAGUUCUUUGCUACGUGCAUAUACAUACAGUGCUGGAUAUUUUGAUUAGAAGGAGAGGGAUAGUCUUUUUAAACUUGGAUGUCCCUACAGCAUUCUUAAACAAAGCAUUCGCAUUCCAGAUCAUUAAAAUGGGACUUACUUAAGUCCCACAUAUUCCAGCAAGGUAGGUCUUGAAAUUGCGUUAAUUGUGAAAAAAAAAACAUUGUGGAAUUAAUGCGCUAACAAGAAGCAGGCAGCAUUCACCUGUCACUCACUCGACACUGGCUAAGUUUAAGACAUUGUGCUUAUUACCAUUUGCAUUAACCUAAGUCGGCAUUGAAAAGCAGACUUCUGAUCAAAUAAGGCUCUUAUUUUUACAAGAAAUCUUACACAAUCACAGGGUGUUAAAAGGAGGAAAAUAAUUUACUGCACUGCAUUCCUGGCCUCAAAGAUGCAUUUCGCCUUCGAUUCGUCUGCCCCCUGGCGGCAGGAUGAGGUAUAGAGAGGGUUGAGCGGAGACGGACGGGGUCGAUCGCGCCUUCCUCACUCUGCAGCUACGACAGCAAUUUCCUCUUCUUCUCUCGGACAAAAGGCGCCAGAGGAAUCAUCGCCGUGUCCCUCUGGACACAUGUCCUCUCCCUCGGCCACUUCAAAAGAGAUCACAGAUCACAGAUCAGUCAAGCCGUGCGUCACUUUCAAACAAACACAAGUCACCACAGUAUUUUUGUUCUUUUACUAUUAAUUAUCAACAAAGGCCCAGGUUAAAUUAAAUAUUUCUCCCUCUUGUCUAACACAUACUCAGCUCAGCUGUGUGAAACAGACACAUUGGGCUGAAACUGAGCUGCCAGGAGACUCCAGGUCUGUCACUAGUCCUCUGAGAUGGGUCUGAGCUGAGAUUUAUUCUUGGCCGCCCGAUAAAAACGAUCAAACAGUUGUGCGUGCAUUUAAUUUAAUUGUAUUUUUAUAAAGAUAGAUAUACACAAAACAUAAACAUUAACUCAGCUUUUAAAUUCCAUUUUGAACAUCUUGAAAAUAAGUACAUUUUCAUUCUUUUUAAGAAAAGCAUGUCUCUUUCUAACAUAGUCAGUCUUUUUGUACCUACUUCAACAGAAAUGAGGAAACUGCUUUUUUAAACCAAAUAUUCUUAAUAUCAGCGUGCGCUGCGUUGUAUCAGUUUUUUACACAAGGAUCAAACAUUACUCAUGUUUUUAUAUUUCUUUAUAUGAAACUAGAAGUACUUUGUUUGCCAGCUGAGAAGACUGUUUGCUGUAAAAAGUGGGUUUGCAUGUCAUGCGCUGUAUACAAAUAGUUAUAGGCAGGGAGUACUGAUGCUGAAAUUUGCAAAUCUCCUUUAAAUUUGCUUGACCUCCUUGGCAGUUGAAGGGCAGCAGAACUUGACUUCCUUGUGAAAAUGGCUCUUGCUUUGCUCAUGGGAUCAAACGAAUUUGUCUCUGUACACCAGGGGUCCUGGAAAGCCCCAGUCCAGUCCAGUUACUUUUUAUAAGUCACCCUAAAUCACCUGUUAUUUGAAGAUCAGGAACAGCUAUUUCAGCAUUUGAUCAAUUCAGCAAAUAAUGUAUCAUUAAAGGGAUCAAUAGUCUUUUAGAGCUGAAUGAUAUUCUGAUUUUUGUUCCAAAUGAUCUCUACUUAACUGAUAACACCACCUGUUCAAUUGAUCAUAUUUCAAUUGUUCUCGGCCUUGAAGGACCGAAGAAUUAGACCCUACCCAUCGAACCUGCAGGACUGGAUCUCUCCAGGACCAGGUCUGGAGACCUCCUGCUGAGCACAGUGAGGCUCAAGAGCAGAACCGAGGGGAACUAAUUGCAAGGCAGCCUUUGUAAAGAGAAGUUUGUUUUUGGGGGGCGAUAUUUCGUCUUAACAUUAGUACAUAAUUGCAAUGUUAAUAGAAAAACCACUGUGUACCAUCGUUCACUGCAUGAGCCAUUCAAGGGGUUAGGAUGUCCAUCUCCAGCACAGAUAGGCUGAUGCUUACAGCUUCAGAAAAAUGGAGCCAGAAGACACGUCUAUUCGGUGAAGGAGGACAGUUCUGUUCAAGGAGCCUGGUUUAUGCGGAGUUCGCCUGUCUAAAAGUCUCACACUGCCAUCUAGUGUUAGGAAUCUAGAUCUCUUCACCAUCACAAUGCUGGUAGCACAUUCCUGAUGGAAACAGAGCUCAAGUACUGAGGACAAGGACUGUAGCAAACGUAUCUUCUUCAUAUUGAAUGUAUGAUAUGUUUUUCUGGCACACCAGUCAGCAUGCUUUUUCCUCUCUGUUACAACACGCAGACAAUGUUCUGUAAGAAGUUUAACAAUUUUCUUUGGCCUUUUAUACACUGCUUUUUUUCCAAUCUCACAGGCUAGAUCUAAUGCUACUGUUGUCAAAUCACCUCAUCUAAUCACGUUUUCCUACCCAAACAGCCAACAUUUUCUCUAAUCCUGGUGACAUCUCUGGGCUGAACAUACGGACAAUGGACAGAAUAAAAUCCAGAAACGUCUGGUUUAAAAUGCUUGACCCUUUAAGAACACACUGCACAAUUUUUUUUUUACAUUGCACUGGUGAAAGUUUUCCAAUUGCAGCUUAUUCAAAGAUUCAUGUAGACAGGGCUAUGUGACUUCUGGGCAAACUUUUAAAGUUUUUUUUUUAUUUCAGCAAUAAAUCUUUUCACACAGGGACAUAAAAAACCUUAAGUAUGUUUGUUUUUCCUCCAUUAAAGGAAAAACACAUUCAGCAGUCUCCAGUAAUUCCAAUAUAAGUUGUAGAGCACAAAGGAAAGUUACAAAUUUAAUUUAAUUCCAGAUUUGUUUUACGUUAAAAGAAUGAUCCUUUGCUAACAACACAUAUUUCCCUUAAGGAAAGAUUUCCCUGCUGCUACUCUCCAUGUGAAUUGUAUUUGCACUAGGUCCAUGGUUUUCAAAUACAAACCAUCUGAAGAUAUGAUGUCAUUCUGUACAAUAGAAAAUCACUGUCCCAUAUUUACUAAUAGUUUCACAGGGAGAACAGCACCUUUUACUCAAACUCACUAACUAGCCCCUUAAUUAAAAUGCCCCAUAUUUAACCCACUGCUGUCCCAUACUUCUAACACAGGUUAGGGUUUAGCAUUACCAGCUAAAACAAAACUACAGCAUUUUAACAUAACUUUCAUUGGUUUGAUUUCAUCUGAAAUGUAAACUCCAGUUUCCAGCCUGAUACCAGGCUCUUGUUUGAUAGAAAACAUCAUGUGCUGACUCUUAACAAUGAUCUCACAUUUCAGUUUUAUAUCUGGACAUGUCUUGGAACAGACCUUGUCGUUUGAAAGUUAUGGACAUGAAGAUUUUUAACUGCCUGCAGUCCUUUUUUAGAUUUUACAGAAUCCUUCAAUUCUUUACUCAGCUUCCCCGAGCUCCUUCAAAUCUGAACUGAAAACUUUCUUGUUUAGAAGGGCUUUUACUUAACACACCCCCAUCUACUAUCUCCUCUCAAUGUGUUUUUUUUAUGUUGUUCUGUAAAGUGCUUUGAAAAGCCACUUUUAAAGGCACUAUAUAAAAAUAAAGUUUACUGGUAUUAUUCAGUAGACUGUGCACAGAAAUAGUGAUAUUGUACAUAUUAGCUCAACUGUUGGAAUAACUGAUGAUUUCCUAAACUCUGAAAUGAUUACAGAUCCCAGCCAUAUUGAAAUCAGCAGCACUGGCAUGAAGAUAAACCACAAUCUGACAGAAUCCACACGCAGAGUCUAGGCCUGAGGACCUGUGACAUCUGUACAGGAUAUUUCUGGAGAUGCUCUUUUUAAAAUGGCUUACGGCUCUGUAAAUAAUAUGCGUUGCUCAUGCUAAAUCCAGAGUAAAUCAUUUUUUUUCUUCCAAAAUUGGCAUGCUACCCGUUUGCAUGGCCUGCCUUUUAUGAACAUUAUAUCUUUGAAAGUUUUGCAAUAUUUUAAAAUGCAGAGGAAUGUAUAUUUAUUGUAUAACCAUGCAAAUGUAUAUGAAUGCUACAUCCUAUAUACACUUAUAAGUUAAAUUAAUAGCUUUAAUUAAUUUGUACCUGUCAAUAAAAUUGU